CGAAACGCCUUGACCGUCCACUCGGUGCUGCGACACGGAGUCAAAACGUAUGCGUAGUAAGUUACGACUUAACACCGGGUACACAAAUACACGACAUACAUGCACCAUGUACACAUCAUUGCAGUGGUAAAUAACUACUCUUUUCGUUGUGUCUUGGCUUUUAUCCGAUCGUUAAAUUCGUUAUUUAUUAUCGCGAAUAAUAAUAAUAUUUUGCACUAUUGUUUGUUAUUAUUCCGAUGAUGGCCGAACUUAAAUCGUCAAAACUAGACGCAGAAAAUGUCAGGAACAUGGAGUACAAUUUGUUUAAAUCAUCAUUAGCUCAAAUCGGUACGAUCAUCGUGCAGAACGUGAUCAUGUUGGGCUUCGGCAUGUCGCUGGCCAUACCGACGGUGGUCAUCGGGUCGCUGAUGUUGGACGACGACGGCGGCGGCGGCGGCGGUGGCGGCGCCGACGCCAUGACCUUGACGGAAACGGAAGCGUCGUGGUACGGCAGCGUGCUGUUGGUGUGCCAUCCGACGGGAGGCCUGCUGUCGGGCGUGCUGCAGGAGAUCGUGGGCCGCAAGUGGUGCAUGGCCCUGGUGAGCGUGCCGCAGCUGAUCGGCUGGUACGUGCUGUGGCGGGCCGGCAACGCGUUCGAUCUGUACGUGUCGUGCGUGGCCCUGGGCCUGAGCAUGGGCCUGAGCGAGGCGCCAGUGCUGACGUACGUGGGCGAGACGGUCGAGCCCAGGCUCCGGGGCCCGCUGUCGUCGGUGUCCACGUUCACCAUCAUGCUCGGUUCUUUCGUCGCGUACCUCAUGUCGACGGUCAUGCCGUGGCGGACGGUCGCCAUGAUCAACAUGGCCGUGCCCGUCGUCUCGUUCGCCGCCGUCGUGCUCCUGACACCUGAAUCGCCGGUAUGGCUGUUGUCGAGGAAUAGGCCAACCGAGGCAAAAAAAUCAUUGGCCUAUCUGAGAGGUUGCGUGAGCACGGCCGACGUGGAAGAAGAGUUUUCCGAACUUUCGAUUUAUGCAGGAUUUAACAAAUCUGUCGAUCUCGAGCAAUACGUCGACUGCGGACUAGACCAACGACGUCUAUCGUACGUUAAGUACUUGCAGAUCAACACCAACGACAAUACCAAUGCCGAAAUCGACAUUCUCGCCAAUCAAAAUCAAACUGGUUUUCUGGACACGCUGAAAAGUUUUUGGACGCCUGAACUCAACCGGCCGUUUUUAUUCAUAAUGCUCUUUUUUUUCUUCUGGUCGUUCGCCACAUUCAUACCGGCCAAGCCGUACCUGAUAGCUGUAUUCAGCGAAAUCGGUUUGCCGUGCACUGCUCAGUGGACACUGGUAUAUACUUCUAUAUUAACCUUAGUAGGAACUCUAUUGAACGUGUUGACUGUUGCUAAGUUCGGCAAACGUCCUAUCACAUUGGUUUCGAUGGCGCUCUGUGCUUUUUCAAUGCUCGGAAUCGGAAUGUAUAUGGUUUCUACUACUUAUUUCUCAUUUUCGUCAACGUGGAUACCAAUGAUAUUGUUAAACGCCUUAUUCUUCUUCUCUGGUUACGGUGUGUUUCCUAUUCCAUGGAUGUUGGUCAGUGAAAUAUAUCCAACAAAGGGUCGCGGCAUCGCAAGUGGACUAACUGCCGCGUUGGCGUUUCUGAUGACAUUCAUUUUGACGAAAUCAUUUUUGGAAAUGCAAGAAUGGCUUACACUACCUGGGCUGUUCACCGUUUAUGGAUCGAUUACAUUAAUCGGAACUCUCUACUUGUAUGCGUGCAUGCCCGAGACCGAAAACAAAUCACUGCAAGAUAUCGAACACUUUUUCAUCGGUGACUUGGACGAUUUCGAGGACUGCGAUAAUCUAAGCUGAUUUGUCGAAAAAAAACUACGUGCUAAAAUAUUCCUAAUUUGUUUUUCGCAAAAAUCAACAUUGUUCACUAUAAUUUAUAUUAAUUUAAAUGUAUUUAUUUAUUAUUUAUUGUUAACUUGAACGCCAUCAUAUUAUUUUUUUAUUGCCAUUAUAAAUAUCAUACGAUGUUUUGAAAUUUUUAAUUAUUGCAAAAUAACUGGAAAGUUCUUUAAUGUAUAGCUGAAGCUUAAUAUGAUCAAUAUGAAAAGUAUUUAUAUUUUUUUAAGAGACAUUUUACUCGUAUUGUAUUUAUAUUUUAUACGAAGAACGACAUUAAAUUUUAAAAAAGCAUUACUUAUAUAAAUAUUAAUUAAAUUGUAACAUAUGAACAAACAAUUAUCGGUAAAAAAUACAAUGCAUAACCAUUGCUAUUCACGAUGGUGUCGAUAAUUAGAACACAGGUUUAUAUAUAAUUUUAAGUAUGUAAAUAAUAAUAGAUACCAAUUUUGUCUUUACACAUUGAGUAUUCCAAACUU